AUGGAACCUUCUAGAAGGCAGCGACGCAGUCAAUUAAUCAACAAGUUCAACAAGGCGCGCUCAAGAACACACAUCUCCUUAGAAAUGGCACGUGGGGCACUUAAAGGCGUUUCCAUCUUCUUCAAAGAGAACCCGUCGUGA